AUGAUCACAGCACCUCCCGAGCCAGCCUACCCAGCAUCCCCCAUGCCAGCUGCUGCCACAGCACCUCCCGUGCCAGCCUACUCCCCCGUGCCAGCUGCUGCCACAGCACCUCCCGUGCCAGCCUACACAGCAUCCCCAGUGCCCACUGCUGCCACUGCGCCUCCAGCCACCCUCGGUGGCAAGCCUUUGGCCUUGUUGAAGUCCCAGCAGGCUCAUCAACCCGAGUCCUCCGAUGACAGCGACGAUAGUACUGCUGAGGACGCUGCAGACACCGAUGCACCAAUUCCAGUAUCUUCGAAGGCUGUCACUACCGUCAAGAAUUCUUUUUGGAAACUGCCCUGGAAGGGAGGGUAA